AAGAGUUGGGUUUUCUUUUUUAAUUAUCCAAACACCGGGCAGCUUCCUUCCCCUCUCCCAAGUAUUUGCACAAUAUUUGUGCGGGGUGUGGGGGCAAGUUUUUAAAAGUCUUUUCCCUCUCUUGGACAAGCACAGGGAUCUCAUUCUGCUUGGUUUUGGGGGCUGGUGGGGCUUCUCUGGCCUGGCCCCGGCCUCUCCAGCCCCUGCUGGCCCCGCUGCGCCCGUCCCGCGUGGGGCGGGAGCAUGGCGCGGAUGAACCGGCCCGCCCCGGUGGAGGUGAGCUACAAGAACAUGCGCUUUCUCAUCACGCACAACCCCACCAACGCCACCCUCAGCACCUUCAUCGAGGACCUGAAGAAAUACGGGGCCACUACCGUGGUGCGCGUGUGCGAAGUGACCUACGACAAAGCCCCGCUGGAGAAGGACGGCAUCACUGUGGUGGACUGGCCGUUUGACGACGGGGCGCCCCCACCUGGCAAGGUCGUGGAGGACUGGCUGAGCCUGCUGAAGGCCAAGUUCUGCGAGGACCCUGGCAGCUGCGUGGCCGUGCACUGCGUGGCGGGCCUGGGACGGGCUCCGGUCCUCGUGGCGCUGGCCCUCAUCGAGAGCGGGAUGAAGUACGAGGACGCCAUCCAGUUCAUCCGACAGAAGCGUCGCGGAGCCAUCAACAGCAAACAGCUCACCUACCUGGAGAAAUACCGGCCUAAACAGAGACUGCGGUUCAAAGACCCACACACGCACAAGACCAAAUGCUGCGUCAUGUAGCUCAGGACCAUGGCCAGGCCUGGGGCCUGU